UGGAACCAGAUCGCGUCUCGUGGGUUCUCUCUCUACAUCCAUGGUUCUCUCUCGGUGUUCCUGAGGAAGUGUAUGUGAGCAGCUGAUCCAUCCAUCGUCUGUGUGUCUGGAUGAACCUCUGACUUUGUGCUCUUUCUUCUGAAGCCUUUACCUCGGACUCUAGAAGCUAGCUUAGCAUGCUAGCUUAGCAUGCUAGCUGGUAACACGCUAGCAACACAGAGUGAGAGAAACGGGAAGUGGUGAUUUAGUAAACAUGAGUGUUGUGCUGCUCUCGUUGGUGAAGCAGCGACUCACUGCAGCUGCUGAAGACAUCUUUGUUCUGUUUGAAAGAACGAUAGCAGAGUACGAGGAGGAACUGUCUCGUUCAAAACAGGAGAACGAGAGACACCGGAAACUACUGGACGCUGUUUUACAGGCUAAGCUUCAGAUCCACAGAGCAGACGUCCAGCAGCUGGUGGUGGUUAAAGAAGAGGUUCCCCCAGAGCAGCAGGAGUGGAGCUCCAGUCUGGACCAGGAGGACCCAGAGCCCCCCCCACACAUUAAAGAGGAACAGGAGGAACUCUGGAGCAGUCAGGAGGGAGAGCAGCUUCAAGGGCUGGAGGAGGCUGAUAUCACCAAGUCCACAUUCACUCCUGUCCCUGUGAAGAGUGAAGAUGAUGAAGAGAAACCUCAGUCCUCUCAGCUUCAUCAAAGACAAACUGAACACCUGGAAACAGAAGCUGAUGGAGAGGACUGUGGAGGACCAGAACCAGCCAGGAGCUCAGAUCCAGAGAGACAUUUACAACCAGAGACUGAGGACAACCCUGGAGACUCUUCUGAACCUGACACUGAAGACAGGGCUGAUUGGAAGGAGACGAGAGAACCAGGUUCAAAGUCUCAGAGAAAUAAACAAGACCCUGUCAGUAAUUCAAGACUUAGUGCAGGAGAGAAUACAUUUGUCUGCUCUUUGUGUGAGAAAACGUUUAAACAGAGAGGAAAUUUAAAUCGGCACAUGAGAAACCACACAGGAGAGAAAACAUUUGGCUGCGCAGUUUGUAAGAUAUAUUUUGCACAGAGAGGAAAUUUAAAGAAACACAUGAGAAUCCACACAGGAGAGAAACCAUUCAUCUGCUCAAUUUGUAAGAAAUCUUUUGCAGAGAGAGGAGAUUUAAAGAAACACAUGAGAGUCCACACAGGAGAGAAACCAUACAGCUGCAGUGUUUGUGACAAAAGAUUCAACCAGAGUCAUCAUAUCAAAUUCCACAAGUGUGUUGGUCGUCACUCCUCACAGCUUCAUCAAACUCAAAGUGAGGAGAACAGAGGCAGAAGGCUUGUUUGAGACAAGCGAGACCUGCGCAGACCUGCACAAUUUCGAUCAACGUCU